AUGAGCUGCUUCCCGGUCGAGACUCAAGCGACAAGUGACAAAAAGCGCCGCUUCCCACUGCGAGCUACUGAGCGCUUGGGCAUCGCGAAUCUUGACGUGUCGAUCAAAUGCUGCCACGCGAUUGCUAUCACUGGCGACAUGCACCAACUGGUCAAGUUCCUGCCGACGGCCGUGAUGCGCACGUUCAACCGACACCCGCGUCUGCGAGCGCUGGUCGUUCCAGACGAGAAGUUCACGGCUGAAGUGCAGCCGCCAAUCUCGCUGGAAGAUGUCGACGACAAGAAGCUGCUGCGAGUUUGCGAACUCUCCGACUCGGACGAAGACGCGGCGGCGUGGCAGAACUGGAACCAGUUCGUGCAGAGCGAGACCCAUGUCCCGUUUGACCGCUAUAAGCAGUUCAUGUUCUACCUCACGGUGUGGGUCAACAGGGCAGAGGGCUCAGCUCGCUUCUUCCUCUUUUCGGACCACAUCAUGUCGGACGGAGACUCGGGGCAGAUUUUUGUCAACGACACGCUCGAGGGAGUCGCGCUGCUCUCGAUCGAAGCGGCGCAACCGGUGUGUGAACUGCCAUUGCUUCCGUCACUCUACGACAUGUGGCUCACGAGUUCAUGGUGGCUCAGACCUCUGGCAAAGGCCAUUCUGGGGCUAACUCGAGGCUCAGCGUUUGUCAACUUCAUGAAGGCAUUCAAGCCUGUGCUGACCCCGCGCGAGGACCAGAAAGACUUCAGCGCCAAGUUUGAGCAGAACAGCACCACGCUGCUCAGUCAUGCAGGCAAUCCGUCCAACAUGCGUGACACCUUGCGCAAGUGCAAGGAGGAAGGUGUGACGGUCGGAGUAACCCUCAUCCCGAUAUUGGUGCUGGCAUUCUACCACGCUAGCAAGGUGGACCGCAAGCUCAAGACCGCGGACGCGUCCGACGAUGCGUUUCGCCUCGUGGCGGACAUUUGCUACAACAUGCGCCAGCGCGUGCCUCAUCCCGCUAAAGAAAACCACGUGGGUCUCUACGUGACUAACACUCCGCUCACGAGUCUCGCCGCCGAGGGCGUCAACUUGAAGACGACAAAGUUUUGGGACUUUGCUCGUGCGUCGAAGCAGCAGCUGGAUAUACAGGACCAGAAGCUUCUGCAGAUGGCAUUUCCGUGCUUCCUCAUUGACCGUGAGCUCACCAAGCCGAAAGUGGGGAAGAUGCUCGGCGAUUUCAAAAUCCCGAACUCGUGCACGGGUGAUGCCACUAUCUCCAACCUCGGACGCUACAUGUUCAAAACGAAACACAUUUUGGCUUCGAACGGCGUGCUGGAGGUGCAGGAUAUGUUUGCUUUCUGCGCCAUCCCGUUCAUUGCCACGUCGUCGACGGUCUGGCUUUCGACCGUCCACUCUUUCAACUACUCGCUGGCGCACAAAGUGGACGAGAAAGUUGGCAGCGAGCUCUUUAACGCUUACGUCAAGAUCUGUGAAAACGCCAGCAAUAUCGCGACGGACGACACGAUGGAGAACGUGCUUAAGCGUCUCGGCAUUGAAGCGGAACCGAGGGCGCGUUAUUACUAG